AUGCCCGAAGGCAAGGCCAAGAUUGGCGUAUUAGAAGAACAGACACAAGGCGAAUUUGUCCAGAGCACACUGCGAGCGCCCCCAACCCGAGUCCCGGGGCUCCUUUGGAACGGCGCCCACCAGGGGUCAGCGUCCGCCCAGCUUUGGGCUCUGGUUUCCCACAAUGCACCGGGCUCUGAAGUGCGCGCUCCGGGAGGUGACCGAGCUGCGGCCGCAACUGCGGAGCUGGGAGGGUUUGCGGGACGCGGGCCUGGCGUCCGGGGGGGCGGGGCGUCCGGGGGGCGGGGCGGGGCGGGGCCAGAGGCCGCGGUCUCCGCGGUCGGCAGCAGCUGUGUGGCUGUUGCGGGCAGCCGCCGGGGCUUAGGUCGCACCAUUCUCAGCCUCGGAGACCUGUCCACCCGGAGCUGUGACAAGAUUCCAACUGUUUCUCAGGAUGAAAAAACCACUCCCUGGUCUGUAGAGGCCCAAGUGUCUUCUGGAGCCCCACCUCCCAGAGCAUAAUCAGGCAGAGCGGCAGGUAGAGGGAGA